AUGCACGCCACUCACCUCCUAAAAACAAAAACGCCUAACACCCUUCCACGCACCUACACAGCCGCAAAUCAACAAAUCACCAACGGCAAACAAGCCACCCUCCGACUCCCACUCUUCGCUGAAAACGCAUGCCCAAGCCCUUCCGUCCAGCCGACGCCGCGGCUCACUGGCUGCCAACACCAGCUCCAGCACGUAUCCUGA